AUGGGCACGGGCAUCACGUCAAUUCUGCUUCACAACCUGCCCUACAACGGUCGAUGGCUGUACUGGAUCUCGGUCGUCAUCUUCUGUCUUAAUAUCCUCCUUUUUCUGUCGUUCUUGUGUAUCUCGAUCGUGAGAUAUACCAUGUUCAAGGGGUUGUGGUCCGAAACUCUUCGGAAUCCUGCUCAGGCUGUCUUCCUUGGCACAUUCCCGAUGGGUCUUUCCACAAUAAUCAACAUGAUUGUAUUUAUCUGUGUUCCAGCCUGGGGAGACCGAGCAGCUGUCCUUGCGUGGGCUCUCUGGUGGAUAGACAUAGUCUUGGCCGUGGCCUGCAAUUUUUACCUUCCAUACGUCAUUAUGCAAACGUCAGAUGUAACCCUCUCGUCAAUGAACGCAUCUUGGCUUCUCCCUAUAGUCGCCGACAUCGUCGCCUCCGCAACAGGUGCCAUCGUAGCCAACGUCUUGCCCAAUGAGCAGCAUGCCCUCUGGACAAUCAUCAUCAGCUACAUACUCUGGGGCAUGGGAGUAUCUACGGCGAUGCUGAUACUGGCCAUGUACUACAGCCGGCUCAUGUUCCACGACGUUCCCUCAAAUGAGAUAGUUGUGUCCUCCUUCAUCCCUCUCGGUCCUCUCGGCCAAGGCGCUGCGGGCAUUCAACUACUAGGACAAGUGUCCCUCAAACUCUUCAAGAGUAACAACUUCAUCCCCGCGACUCCCCUGGCAGGUCAGUUCUUCUACGUAGCAGGAAUACUCAUAGCGCUCGUAAUGUGGGGGUUUGGACUCAUGUGGCUCUUCUUCGCACUCGCCGCUCUCUACCGGCGUCGACGGUUCCCCUUCAACCUCAAUUGGUGGGCCUUUACUUUUCCCUUGGGCGUGUAUGCGGUAGCUACGACCACUCUAGCGCAGGAGUUGCCGUCAGCGUUCUUCAAGGUGCUAGGCACAAUCUUGUCUGUCAUUGAAACGAUGCUGUGGAUUAUAAUAGCAGUGAGAACCGUACGGUGUAGUUUAAACGGGCGGUUAUUUCAGUCCCCACCGCCUGGGGCAUGGACUGAGAAGAAGAGAGAAAACAAUAAAAACAAGGGUACAUCGGUGUAA